UUUCUUCUUUUCCUUUCUCUGUUUUGUAUUUGACUUUUCUAAUUCUUUUUUCUUUUUUGAUUUUUUUUUCUUUUCGAAAGUUAAAAGAAGCAAACAAAGCAUAAAAAAAAAGAGAAAAAGACACCUUAAACAACAUGGCAGAAACCUUUCACGGCUAUAUUGAAACAACUCAAGAUGUUUUGCUUAUUUUUGAGGGUUGUAGAAGAGGUUUGAUACCCAGAGUUUGUAGAAGACUUCAAGAAAAAGAACGACGCAUGAUACGAUCUGGUUCAGUCUUUGUCUUUGAUGAAAGAGAAUCAGGUAUCAAAAGAUGGACUGAUGGUCUUGUAUGGAGUCCCUCUCGUAUUCUCGGUAACUUUUUGAUUUACCGUGAACUUGACAAGCGUACUCCAGGAGAGAAGAAACUGUCUAUUUCCAGCGCAUCAAAUGACUCAAGACAACGUAGCUACAGCGCAGAUCAAACAGCUUUGAAUGUCGCAUCUGGUAUGUCGGCAGAUCGCAACCGUGAGCGCCGGCUGGUCGGCAGUCUCUCUGAUUCUUACCGCUUUCGUAAAGAUGGUCUCAUAAAAAAGACCAUGUCCAUCAUUGUCAACGGUGUAGCUCAACACUUGAUUUCAUACUACCUUCCUAGUGAUAUCAUCAACAAUAAGCUUCGUACUCCUUCCUCUGUGCCCGAGUUGGCUAGCUUGGAAAUCUCUCCUGACUUGCUUGUCAAACAAAACUUUAGAAUUCCUCCCAUGGUGGAACCCUCUUUUGAUCAUAAUGAGGCCAGUAUGGCGGGAGGAUUGACAAGUUCUAUUAGUCCUGUAGAAUCGAUGUCGAGUCCUUAUGCAACUGACAGACGUAUUCAUCCAUUUCGUAGUAUGUCUAUGGGGUCGCUUCGUACUCAUAACAAUUAUCAACCUCCUCCUGCUAACAAUUUCUCCAACAUUGGUCGACCUGAUAUGAGCAACCCCCAACAGAAUUUGAUGUAUUCUUCUUUUGGACAAAGAAUGGACAUGGACGAAAACAAAAUGACUAGCAACAACAGCUUUUAUUAUGGCAACCAACCCAUACCUUCGAUUUAUAAUAGCAACAGUAAUCAUCAAAGCAACCAUACUGCUGCUACCGCUACGACGAACACUAGUACAACGAGUAGUACCAACAACAAUGGCUUUCCUCCUUUACCGUCACCCUCUAGUAUGACUUCCUCACCUAACACACCUAUGCUUUCACCUGUACGCCAAUCCUUUUCUCAAACACGCCAUUACUCCAUACCUUCUGUCUCAACCGGACCUCCUCUUUCUCGAUUUGGACCACAUCGUGCUAGUUUUGAUUUAAACAAUCUAGAUAAUCGUCCUCCACAUUCUGUUCAUCCACAUAUGAUGCCUGACAUGUACGGUAAUGAUCAACGUAUCAAGAAUGAUGCUUUGGACAUACAUGAUUCUACCAAUUCAUCUAGUCCUCAUAUUGGACAAUUACUUAACCCAGUUCAUCCGUUGAAUGCCGUCAAGGAUUCUAAUGAGACAAAUUCGCAACAAUUGUUCCAAACAAUGGGAAUGACAAGUGCUUCUUCAGGUUACCCAGACUAUACAAGUCCAAGUGUUCCUACAUCAAGUACAUCAACUCAUAGUCGGCCCUCUUUUGACAGUUCUAAAUUACCUUCAAUUUCAAACGAGACUGAUAUGAUGCAACAGCAACAACAACAGCAACAACAACAACAACAACAGCAGCAUCAACAACAACACAAUACAGGUUUCAACACAUACGGGGGAAACUAUUACAUUCAAAGACAACAACAGCAUCCUCAUCCAUUAACAAAUACCCAUUCUUCUACUACGAUCAACAAUGUCAAUCCCAUGUUUAGGAACGGAAUGGUUCUUCCACAAUCAUCUUCAAUGUACGACGAUUCUCAAAUAAGCCCGGAACUCGGAAUGGAACCUUUGACAUUAAAAUAACUUGUACUAUUUUGAUUUUCUUUUUUAAAAAUGUAAUAUUGUUGCUUUUCCUCUCCUCUUUAUAUUUAUAUAUGUAUUGAAAUAAACGACCAUAAACUGCUAUAUAGAAAGUGAUUGACAUUGCGUGAUUUUCUCUCUCGCUCUUUUUAUUG